GGGGAAGCAAACGAUUGACAAUCGUGUGAGUCCGGCUGAAUAGCUCGCGUCGACCAAAGUUGGAUAUCGAUAAUUUUAUUUUGAGCUUUUCGUUAUCAAAUAUUCAAUUUGUCUGUGUUAUCGACUCCCGAACUGCACCGAUAAGAUAUCCAGAUUGCUCCAAUUGAGGCGAAUAUCGGAUUUACCUGCUCUCCGAGUCAGUGUUGCAGCUCACUGAUAAGGGACGAGCAGCCCUUCGCACACGAUACGUUUCUGAUAAGAAGAAGAAAGUUUUGAACCGGUCCUCCGUCUUGGAAUAUGGGCUUAUCGUCAAUUAUCUUUGACGACGAUUGCCUUCGUACCUAAUUCCGAUACAGACUUAUCAGUCGUAUAAAACCAUGCGAGGUCGAGGGCCGUACUCCAGUGCUGGUUAGCUUGUUCAGUUACGAAUCGAUUCGUAAACGCUUUGAAUCACCUCAUCAAGAUGUCUCACGACCACAAUCACGGCGGAGCGGACGACAUGGAGAUGUUAUGUCCGAUGCAGAUGUCGUUCCACGGAGGUACUUGCGAGAUCAUCCUGUUUCCGUCGUGGGCUACCACCGAGACCGGCCAGUUCGUGGGGGCAUGGUUCGGAUUCUUUCUGCUGGCCCUGCUGUACGAGGGUUUGAAGUACUACCGGGAGAUACUGGCCGAGAAGGAGGCGGCGAAGUACAUUAACAAAGGAGUGCCGAGGAAUAUAAGAAACAUUAUGACGGACAAGCUGCACAUCCUUCAGUCGAUCUUGCACCUGAUCCAGGUUUCCGUUUCCUACAUCCUGAUGCUGAUUGUGAUGCUGUUCAACUUGUGGCUGUGUUUGGCGAUCGUUUCCGGAGCUGCCAUUGGGUACUACUUUUUCGGCUGGAUUCGCCGAAGCAAGUUGGAUCCAAACGAGUGCUGCAAUUGACUAAUCGAUGACGUCGCUGAAUUACCGUUGGGCUAUUGAUUGGGUUGUUUGGCCCGCUUAGAGUAAGGCAAUUAUUACGCCGAUUGCUAGCCAUGGCAAUCGAUUGAGAUGAAACCUCCACUUCUGUAGAUGUAAGCGUUCAAGUACUUCGUUUGUAUAGUAAAUAUGGUUGAUGAUUUUCGAUGUAUUUAGAAGACAUGUAAAUAUAUUGUAAAUAUGCAAAAAGAACCGAUUUUUUGCACUAGUUCUAUUCAAUGUCUAAUAAAACAAUUUUUAGA